GUCUUCAAAGUUGUUCAACGAAGUUGUGGGUUUUGAUCGCUAGUGUUUUACCCGUUGGAAUCUUUUAAUUUUACUAAAACUGAUCACUAAGUACUGCUUUGAGGACCGAUUUACGUAUCAAAGAAUUUCUGUUCAGUGAACAUUUAGAUAUUAUGUGACGAAUUCGUUGUGUUCUCGAAGUCAGCUAGUGUAGGAAUGUUGUAAACGUUUUAUUUGAUUUUAAUGAUGUGCGUCAAUUUAACUCAAAAUGAAGAAAAUUAAGGGCAGACUCGUCAAACGAGCUUCUCAGACUCAGUUGAAUAUUGAUUCAAAUGAUGAAUGGUCUAAAUAUGAUGAAAGAUUAUUUGAAUACAUUCAGCAAGAUAACCUUACAAAGCUCAAGUCAACUCUUUUAAAAAAAGGUAUAUCUGUUGUCAAACUCAGCCCAAUUGGAACAACAGCAGUGCAUUUUGCAUGUGAAAAGCAAAAUCCCCAGUGCUUGGAAGUGUUACUGAAUGAGCAGCCAGACCUUUCAGUAUUGGAYAAAACAGGAUGCCAUGCAUUAAGUGUUGCUGCAAAGGUGGGCUCACUGGAGUGCAUGAGACAACUUCUUCAGUACAACUCUGAAAUAAUAACACUGCAAGACUAUCAUAAGAAAACAGCAUUGCACUAUGCAGCUGGCAAAGGCCACUUUGAAUGUGUUCAGUUGCUCCUGGAAAACACAGAUAAUCUGGACAUCAGAGACAAGGUAUCAUUAAUCAACAUCUUGAUUUCAAUGACAUACAGAAGGACAUUGUUUGGACAUGUUAUAACAGCUGUCUCUAUUUCAUAA